CUAGGUGGCACAGACAUAUCUUAUACAUAGUUUUGUGUGUAGACAUUGGGAAAUGAGUAAAAGGAACUGUUGUCCUGGUUGGGGAAAGGACAGUGUCACACACUCACCACUCCCCCGACUAAUGAGGGAGUUAGAAACAGCAGUUUCCAAAGGCUGUGAGUCAUCCUCUGAUCUGAAUCACACGUGAGACUUAGCAUGGUUUGAGGAGCGGGGGCAGGGAGGCCUGGGGUCUCCAAUGGCCGAGAGAAAUCCAGGCACCCACACCCUGACUCAGCCUGGCUGGCCAAGGUAGCUGGCAGAAGACCCAGGCCUGUUCCCAGUCCUGGGCCACUGCCCCAGCUGCCCUUAGUCUGGGCACCAUGCCUGAGCCAUGGCGUAGGAGACCACGAUGCUCAGGUGACCUCACCCAGAGCACAGAUCUUCACCAGCUUCUGUGUGUGGAUCUGUCAGUCCAUGGUGCCACCUCACUCUGCAGGGCUCUUGAGGAUCCUCAGUCUGACCCAAGGACCUAGCCCUUAGUUUAGCCCCAAGAAGUGGGCCACAGCCCCCAGCUUCCUGCUGGGAAGGCCCAGGAGCUAAGAAAAGAAUCACAGAAUACUAGAAUGUCAGAGGUGGAAGAGAUCAUCUAGUCCAAACCUUUCAUUUUACUGAUGGAGAGACAGAGGUCCACAGAACAGGCAUGACCUGCUGAAAGUUACACAAAACAAGGAGACCAGUGCCGGUCCAGUGGCUGUGAUGGGGAAGGAUUACUACAAGAUUCUUGGAAUUCCGUCGGGAGCCAACGAAGAUGAGAUCAAGAAAGCCUAUCGAAAAAUGGCAUUGAAGUACCACCCAGACAAGAACAAAGAACCCAAUGCUGAAGAGAAGUUUAAGGAGAUUGCUGAGGCCUAUGAUGUGCUGAGUGACCCUAAGAAACGGGGCCUGUAUGACCAAUAUGGGGAGGAAGGCCUGAAGACCGGCGGUGGUUCAUCAGGUGGCUCCAGUGGCUCCUUUCACUACACCUUUCAUGGGGACCCCCAUGCCACCUUUGCCUCCUUCUUUGGAGGCUCCAACCCCUUCGAUAUCUUCUUUGCCAGCAGUCGUUCCACUCGACCUUUCAGUGGCUUUGACCCAGAUGACAUGGAUGUGGAUGAAGAUGAGGACCCAUUUGGCGCUUUUGGCCGCUUUGGCUUCAAUGGGCUGAGUAGAGGUCCGAGGCGAGCCCCAGAACCACUUUACCCUCGGCGCAAGGUGCAGGACCCACCUGUGGUGCAUGAGCUGAGGGUAUCCCUGGAGGAAAUCUACCACGGCUCCACCAAACGCAUGAAGAUCACAAGGCGGCGCCUCAACCCUGACGGGAGAACUGUACGCACCGAGGACAAGAUCCUACACAUUGUCAUCAAGCGUGGCUGGAAGGAAGGCACCAAGAUCACCUUCCCCAAAGAGGGCGAUGCCACACCUGACAACAUCCCUGCCGACAUCGUCUUCGUGCUCAAAGACAAGCCCCAUGCACACUUCCGCCGAGAUGGCACCAAUGUGCUCUACAGCGCCCUGAUCAGCCUCAAGGAGGCACUGUGUGGCUGCACCGUGAACAUUCCCACCAUUGAUGGCCGAGUGAUCCCUUUGCCCUGCAAUGAUGUCAUCAAACCAGGCACCGUGAAGAGACUCCGUGGGGAGGGCCUUCCCUUCCCCAAGGUGCCCACCCAGCGGGGAGACCUCAUUGUCGAGUUCAAAGUUCGCUUCCCAGAUAGAUUAACACCACAAACACGACAGAUCCUUAAGCAGCACCUACCUUGUUCCUAGGCUCUGCCCCAGCCAGUCCAGAGUCUACCACAGCAAUACCCCACACACACCCCAUCCAAUGUGCACCCAGCUUGAUGUCCACUGGACACUGGCAACCUUUUCUAAAAUGCAAAAAAAAAAAAAAAAAUAGCCACUGGUUUUCAGGAAAAAUAUUCCUGUCCCUGACCCCUUUCAGAGCUGGGCUGCCCUGGGGGAGUGGGAGGGAGGGAGUUGGGGAGAGUUAGCCCAGACCAGGGGUCAAUUUUCAUGUCACUAUCUUUGAAUCCAGUUCCCACUCCAGUGGCUGGAGAGUGACCCGAGUGCUACUUGAAGAUAUAGAGAUUCCCUGUCCACACCUGUAAAUAGCAUGUCUUUCUUCCCCUCUCAGCUUUGCUAAUACCUCUCCUUGCCCUUCCCUUCAGCUUUCUCCUGUUGGUGGAGGAAGAGGAUAAAAUGGACAUUGCUUUCCCACCUCAGUACCACCCCCAAGUCCACAGUGUCCAAGGUUACCACACACCACACAUAUUCAUGCACACGAAGCACACACCUAGAGUCGUGUGUGCCUCUCUGGGGUUGAGAUAGGAAGGGAAGGUCCAUAACCCAUGAACUGGGCCACUGAGCACGAGACACUUUUCAUUUGCGGCAGGGAGGUGAACAGGGCCCUCAGCAGUCUCCCUGACAGCUCCUCUGCCAAGACCCUGCAGAGCUGGAAGGUCUGUCCUCCCCGCUGCUCUCAGGAGUGUGCAAGGGUAGAGGGAGGGGAAGGGGCCUGCUGUAUUAAGGCUAAGAGGUGGAGGGCAGGGUCCAUCUCCCAGCCUUCAUCAGGAAGGGAAAGGGUUUUGGGGUCAGGUGGCAGCUAUUCCCCACCAAGAGAUUCAGGGUCACAGGUUUCUCCCCACACCUCUGAACUCAGGGCCUAGCCACCCCUAAACUUCCAAAUCCCAUUUUUGUGAUAUAUGACACUACUUAUUUCUUACCCUUCAUGAAGACUGCGUGAGGAAUUUCCAGCCCUUUGAUGCCUGUGUGACCCCGCCCCUCUCCUACAGUUGUAUAAAGGUCAAAUAGUGAAGGAACUAGGGUAAGACUGCUUCAGCCAGGUUCUGGGGUGGAGUUUUUAGGUUUUUCUCACUUUGACAAGCCCCUGAAUGUUUUUAUAGUAGUUUUUUUGUAUUUUUUUGUAAUGACAGUAUUAUGGAAAAAAAUAAAGUAUUUUAAAAAUACAA